AUGGUGGAUCCAGAUCCCGAGGAAAAGCAGGAGGAAGAGGUCGAGACGGCAGAAGCCGGUGCCGCAGCCAAGAAGAAAAAGAGGAACAAGAAGAAGAAGGACCCAGCAGGGCAUGCAGCGCAGGAUGAAGAAGCUGUGCCGGCAAGUGCAGAAUCACCCAAUGCUGCGCAAGAAAGCGAUGAGGAGGACAAGGCGGAUGCAGCAGACGCCGCAGGCGACAAGAAGAAGAAAAAGAAGAAGAAGAAGGCCGGAGGAGGUGGGGCAAAGGCUUUCAGCAUCCCCGAGCAGGACAAUACCGCCCUCCGCCGGGUCCGAAACUGGGCUGCGGUGCCCACGUCGCGGCAAAGCCCAGUCUUCGACAUUCCCGUCAGCGAGCAGUAUCCUGACAGUCAGUUUCCUCUCGGAGAGUGCGUCGAGUAUGUCGGAUCCCACGCCUUCCGGACGACAUCCGCUGAGAAGCGUGAGAUGGAGCGGCUCGUGUCCUACGACUACGAGAAGAUCCGCAAAGCCGGAGAGGUCCAUCGCCAGGUCAGGAAGUACGUGCAGACCUUCGUGAAGCCUGGGCUGAAGAUGACGGAGAUCUGCCAGCGCCUGGAGAGAAAAACCCACGAGUUGGUGGUAGCGAACGGCCUGGAAGCAGGAUGGGGCUUCCCAACGGGCUGCUCCCUCAACUGGGUGGCCGCCCACUACACUCCGAACUAUGGGGACGAAACUGUCUUGCAAUACGAUGACGUCUGCAAGUUGGACUUCGGUGUUCAAGUCGGUGGUCGUAUCGUCGACUGCGCCUUUACCAUCGCCUUCAAUGAGAGGUAUGACCCCAUCAUUGAGGCAAGUCAGGCAGGUACCAACACCGGAGUCAAGGAAGCGGGCAUCGAUGCGCGCUUCCAAGACAUCGGAGCCGCCAUCCAGGAGACGAUCGAGUCCUACGAGAUCGAGCUGAAUGGCAAGACCUGGCCCAUCAAGUCGGUACGGAACCUCAACGGCCACUCCAUUGAACCUUACCGGAUCCACGGCGCCAAGUCGGUGCCCAUUACCAAGAACCAAGAGUCUUCCAUCAUGGAGGAGGGGGAGUUCUACGCCAUUGAAACUUUUGCCUCCAAUGGCAAAGGCUAUGUGGUGGAGGAUCUCGAGUGCUCCCACUUCAUGAAGAUCUUCGAUGCGCAACAUGUGCCCCUGCGCGUGAAGAGCUCAAAGGCCCUGCUUCAUACGAUCGAGCAGAAUUUUGGAACCUUAGGUUUCUGCCGACGCUGGUUGGAUGACCUGGGCCAGACCCGUCACUUGAUGGCCUUGAAGAAUCUCGUGGACAACGACAUUGUCCAGCCAUAUCCGCCCCUAUGCGAUGUCAAGGGCUCCUACGUCACGCAGAUGGAGCACACCAUUCUGCUGCGGCCGACGUGCAAGGAGGUCGUGUCUCGAGGGGACGAUUUCUGA